AUGAAGCAAGAAGGUGUCUCCAUCAGUGAAGUUGUGUACUCUUGCGAUACUCUCUGGAAUGGAAGUGAACAAAUAAACGCCGUCGUAUUGAGCAUUCGAGAUAAUCAGAGAAGUAGAAGAGAAGAGAAGAGAAGAGAAGAGAAGAAGAGUCGCCAUGAAAAUGAAAUCACCUAUAAACCUCCGAGUCUCCCUGAGAAAUCUCUUAAACCCAAUUUCUUCUACGGCCACCGUAAACCCGGUCGCGUAACCGUCCCGUCGUCUACGGUGGUCUCUUCUCCAACCGCCAAUCUCUCCAACCACAAUCCAACUCCGUCGCCAAAUGGGACCCAGAAACCCGCCCCCUCCGGGAAAAGCUCCUUCGUCGUCUCCUUCUUCCACGGUGAUUUCCGCCGCCUCCGCAAGACCCGGAACCAUUGGGGUCCCUCCGUGGUCCUCCGAUGUGAUGGCGUGUGGGACACUUGUUAUGGAUCUGCUUGUGAUCUGUGCAAUGAUCUGGUGGAUUCUCGGUAUAUAGCUGAUCUAGGGAUAUACAAUGCUCUUGUUAAAGGGCUGUGUAGUGUGAAGCAGGUUGAUAAAGCAUACAAGCUCUUCCAGAUUGCAAUGGAGGAAGAGGUGGAACCAGGUUUUGAGACUCUGAGUCCAAUUAUGGUUGGAUAUGUGGCGAUGAAGAGGCUGAGUGAUUUCUUGAGUUUGAUAGUAAGAAGAAUGUGCUCAAGGUUUUGUCUGAUACGAAUCCGGAAGCUGAGGAUAGUAAGAAGAAGAAUGGAGAAACGUGGAGACAGCUAG